UCGUGGCUCCAGUCCGUUAGCAUGCCGAGCUAGCGGAUCGCAGCCUUCUGCGCAACGGGGCUGACGAACAAGGCGACUCGGCGUCCAGAUAAAGCCGACUUGAAGUGACGCCGCCUAAUCCAAAGAUAACCAUUAUCCCUCCAUGGUGCCCGAUGAAGGGAGAUAGCGUUAAUAACCACGCACCGUCGCCGUAAUUAGCCGCCGAGCGCGAUACAGCCGAAGACUGCAACUGCGAAGUGUCUCUUGUGGACCGUCGUUCAAAUUCGCGUCUGCCUUUUUUGGGGGGCUAUUUAGGGCGCACUCGACACAUAUUUGUGGUCGCGAUGAGGCUGGGGGCUCGCGGACAACGUGCGAUGGACGCCGACGGGAAGAAGCUGGACCGAGCGCCUCCGUUCAGAAACCCUUUUGUACACGUCUUGAAAUUCACCGCCAUGGAAAAGGCCAAGAUAGCAGUUAUGACAGUCACGCUAUUCCCCAUCCGUCUACUCGUAGCUGCAUCUAUGAUGCUGCUGGCUUGGCCUUUUGCGUUUCUGGCCUCAGCGGGACACUCUGAGACUGCUGUCGAACCGCAGUGCCUCUGGAGGAGACUGGUUGACAUCAUUUUGAAGAUCAUCAUGCGGGUCAUGUGGUUUGCGGGCGGCUUCCAUUGGAUAACUGUUAAAGGGCAGCGGGCGUUGCCCACCGAAGCACCCAUUCUCACUCUGGCGCCCCACUCUUCCUACUUUGAUGCUAUACCAGUCACCAUGACAAUGGCCUCCAUUGUCAUGAAAGCAGAGAGCAAGGAUAUACCCGUGUGGGGAACUUUAAUAAAGUACAUCAGGCCAGUGUUUGUAUCAAGAUCAGACCAGGACUCGAGAAAGAAAACUGUGGAAGAGAUCAAACGCAGAGCCCACUCUGGAGGGGAAUGGCCACAGAUAAUGAUUUUUCCAGAGGGCACCUGCACAAAUCGAUCCUGCCUAAUCACCUUUAAGCCAGGGGCCUUCAUCCCAGCUGUACCAGUGCAGCCAGUUGUGAUGCGAUACCCAAACAAACUGGACACAAUCACUUGGACGUGGCAAGGGCCUGGAGCGUUUAAGAUCUUGUGGCUGACACUGUGCCAGCUACACAACGUGUUUGAAAUAGAGUUCCUUCCAAUCUACACUCCCUCUGAGGAAGAGAAAAGGAAUCCUGUUCUGUUUGCUGUCAACGUGAGGCAUGUCAUGGCCAAAGCCCUGGGGGUCCCCAUCACAGAUUAUUCAUUUGAGGACUGCCAGCUGGCAAUGGCAGAAGGCCACUUAAGACUGCCAGUUGACACCUGCCUGUUGGAGUUUUCCAAACUUGUCAGGAGGCUGGGGCUUAAACCCCAAAACCCCGAAAAGGUUCUUCAGGAUUAUGGGAACAGAUCCAGAAAGCUGCAAGGACAGAAGCUGUGCUUGGAUGACUUUGCUCAGUUCUUGGAUGUGCCCGUUUCAGAUAUGUUACAAGACACAUUUGUCCUUUUUGAUGAGCAUGAAGAUAACAGCGUGGAUAUCAGAGAAUAUGUGAUAGCCUUAUCUGUUGUAUGCAGGCCUUCCAAAACUCUGGAAACACUGAAAUUGGCCUUCAAGAUGUUUGAGGCCGAGGAGGAUGGCGCUAUCACAGAGCCCGAGUUGGCAGUUAUUCUCAGGACCGCUUUGGGAGUGAGUCACCUCAGUGUCACCUGCUUGUUUGCUGCCAUUGAUAGUGAAGGCGCGGGAAAGAUCACAUUCGAGAAUUUCCAGAGCUUUGUGGAAGAACAUAGUGACUUGGGAGAGGACUACCUGUACCCGAAAAAUUCUGGCCUCCUCAGUGGUACCUGCCAACAUCAACAAACAACUUUUCACAACGUGCAUGACACUGCCAACAGCAAAAUAACUAACGGCAUCUGCCCCGACUUCAGCCCCAAUGAUCAUGACAGCACAGUACACGGACUCCUCAAGAAACACAAUUGAAAGAGUUGAGGGUGCAGUUGUGGAACAGCAAGCAUCUCUCCUGGCGAGAGGUUGUGAUGUGGCGCAUGCUUGAUAGACGGUUGCAUUUUUUUAACUGAAAGGGACUAUAUUUCAGUCACUACAAAUGAGAUGUUUACCUUACCUUUUUGCUAGCGUUGUGUCCACAUAGUUUUCUUAAGUAGGGUUCUACAUGAUAGCUGUUUUACGUAUAUUAAUUACAAUUAUUCUUCAUAGUCUGGGUUGUCAAAAGGCAAACUUUAGCUGUUUCAAAUACAAUGCAUAAAUACUUGAAGGGCACUUAUUAAAGGUCAGGGCAUUGUUUUUUUUUGUUUUGGUUUUUUUCUCUGCUGAAUUUUUGAAUAGACUGCAUGCUUAAAGCGAGUGGAAAUCAAGCCUCGACUAUGGAAGCGACACAUUUUGGACAAAUAUUGAGUUUCACAUUUUUAUUUCUGUUUUUUUUUGGUUUGUUUUUUUAAUUGGUAGCUGCCUUUUGGCGAGAUAGUGUGGACAUGGAAUUUUGGGCAGUAUUGAGAAGUAUUUACAUGACAAAGGUCCACUCGAGUAUACCAGUGACAAUUGUGCCACUUGAAGCAAUUUUUCUGCAUCAAGCCAAAUUUGAGGUGUACUCUGACCUUUUGAGUUGAUUACAUUUUUGCUACAAGUUUGUUUUAUACAUAUAUUUAUACAAUAAUUUUGUUUUAGCUCAGGGUUCAGUAACACAACAGACAAAUAUACUUGUAUGAUGUCAUAAUUUUUGACUCUGGGUUCUGUGCAUGUCUUUUCUUUGUACGACAUCCGAACUGGUCUGCCCAAUCACUCCCUCAGUUAUUCAAGUGUCUUUUCUUAUUGUUGAAAUGACACAAUGUGGACCAAAAAUAUGUUUGGUGAUUAUGUCACCUGUUAUGUCUGUAUUGUCCCUUUUAGUCAGUGGUGUAAUGGCUUUAAAAGGGGGAAGGGGGCAGGGAUGUGACCAUUGAAAGCACAUUUUGUUUUGGUGGAUUUCUUUUUUUUUUUUUUUAAAAGGACAUAAUUCCAAAUUCCCUUUCUGCCUUACAUUGCCAUACAGUUUGACCAUUCCUAUUAAAUACAGAAUAUUAAUAGCUUCAAUCGCUUGAAAAGAAAUAUGCUAGUAGUCGUAUUUUUGUAUAAAUUCUCAGUACACUAUAGGCUAGUACAACGACCAUAUCUGGAACCAGCCUGAAACUGCACAAAGCAUGAUGCAAUGAUACUAGUUUCAAUCGUUGUCCAAAAAUGGAAACUAAUUUUGUAUUUAUGCUAUUCUUGUUUAAAAUAUAAAAGGGAUAUUACCAACUCUGUUUGGGGGGGGGCGUAAUUGCUUUUUCAUUAGCAUAUCCUUAAAAAAAAAAAAAAGUGUUUUCCCCUUGUAGAUUAUAUACCACUGAAGACUAUGCUUGCAUGUUCCUGUUAAGACUUUCACUAAAGCAAUAUUCCACUUUUUUCAGCCUUUCAAAGAGUUCUGUUAUGUAUUUUGAAUAUUCCAAAUGCAGGACAUUUUGUGAAUGUUUGAUAUAUAUGUAUGUCUAUGUGUAUAUAUACAUAUAUAUAUAUAUAUACAUAUAUACAUAUAUAUAUAUAUAUAUAUAUAUGUAUAUAUAUAUUUUUUUUUUUAAUACUGCCGCAGAUUGUAUUGUUGACGAAAAUGAGCCACAUUUUCUUUUUUUGUAUUGUUGGCGAAAAUGAGCCACAUUUUCUUUUUUCUUCGUUUUCUUCAUGUGAUACUACAACUUAAUGCUGUAUUUUUCAACCACAAUGUGAUGUCCAAUUAUUUUAUUCCUUCUAUUGCUAAGUUGAUUGCUCCCAACCUAAAUUCAGAUUUUUGUAGAGAAACCGAUAGCCUUGAAUAUAAUUUUAGUGCUUGAUAAGAGAAUGUAUUGACAAUCUUGUCACAAUCAAAAGCAAAGCAAAGCAAACUGAAGUUUUGGUGAAAAAAAAUUGUACACUUUUUAUCCUCUUACACCUUUUGUUUUGUUGUUGAACUGGCGUGCAUUAAAGUCGACUGGCUUUGAGUGUAGGAAUGUGUCGCGCCUUGAGGUGACGUCUGCACCGCAUGACAGGCCGCAAGACGCAAGCAAACCCUCCAGAUCGUACGCAUAUUCAAAUGAAGUUUUGAUUUUGAGUCACAAUGCUUUUGAUAUGGCUCUGUGUUUUAUUUCUCUUGCGUAUUUGUGCUUGCACUUUAGUUCUGUUUAUUUUGUAAAGAAAGUUCACAGAUAAAGCAUGUUAAGUUUGUUUACUUUUUUAAUAGCAAUAGUCUAUCCAUUGUAGAUUUAGACGAAGCAGCACCGAUUCCCUUAUUUUAGACCAAUUUUGGGUUAUUUGAAUGCCUCAAGUACAAAUUUUAGACCGACUUUUCUGCUUCGUCUUGGAACAAACACUUAUAGCAUGAGAAUGAAUGACUUUGCAAACUUGGUAACAUCUAUUAGGUUUGAAUGAGUAAGAAAUGCUUGCACCACACAGUGGAAAUGUAUUUGUCAACGGGUGUUUAGACAAUUUCCAUGUAAAUGUGAAGGAAACAAUAUUUUGUACAUCCAGAGAGGAGACGUGACUAUGAAAUACUACUCAAACACAAUGGCAAGGACUUGACCUUGAAUCGAAUGUUUUUAAAUCACACCAAGUAGCCCCUUUUUUUAAUAUAUAUAUAUAUAUACAAAACUGUUCAUUUGGAUUGCAAAAGAAUGGUAUUAUUGAGUACAUGUUUGUUUGUCUGUAUUUACACCUGUAACAGUUUCUGGGUACAUUCACCGUUUUGUUCCUGCAUUUUCCAUCUUGCCGUUCUUCUGAAUAUUCAUGCUGCUCGCUAAACACAGUUUGCCCAUCAUUGAGCUGAAGAAGAAAGAUGUUGUGUACUCUUGACAGAGUGAUAUUGUCUUUCUGAUGGUUCACUGCUGGUGGACUAAACAACUGUUUCCUCUGUAGCUUUACAUCACCUCUUUUUUUGUACUCAACUUUUAUUUUAGAAAUGCAUUUUGAUAAGUCAUUAUUGCAAGCUACUUUGCAUUUGUCUAUUAAGGACUGGUAUGAUGUAACUUGUUAAUGUGACUUGGAUUUAAUUAAAAAAAAACUAAGCUACCUGAA